GUUGGCCUGCCAGUGCAUUGCGAAACUUGAGCACAGGUUAGACAGGAGAUAAUUAAUGGAGUUUGAGAACGGAGAGAAGAUGGUGCAUGAGGUUGUGAUAGUUGGGGCAGGGAUUGCAGGGCUUGCAGCUGCCCUUGCACUGAAGAGAGUGGGAAUCAAAAGUCUUGUGUUGGAGAGAUCUAGUGAGCUGCGUGCUACGGGCACUGCUCUUGUUAUAUUGCACAACGCAUGGAGAGCACUUGAAGUUCUUGGAGUUGCUGACAAGCUUGACAAACCUUACCAGGAUUUCCAACUAGCUACAGGAAGCAUCACAAAUUUGGUGACUGGAGUUAGACAAGAAUUCUCCAUGAUUUCAGGAUCAACCAGUGGGAAGACGAGGAUGAGACCAAUACACAGGAAAUUCUUGCUGGAAACUCUUGCUGCAGAAUUGCCACCAGAGAGCAUUAGAUUUAUGUCCAAGCUCUCAUCCAUCAAAACUGAAGUCUCCAAGGACUCUUUCUCUGUUACUGUUCUAGAGAUGGAGGACGGAUCUGUUAUAAGAGCAAAGGUAGUGAUUGGGUGUGAAGGAGUGCACUCAGCCGUAGCAAAGUGGCUGGGACUCGCUGCACCAAUAAGCUCAGGCAGGUCAGCUGUACGUGGAGUAAGUAUAUAUCCAGAAGGACAUGGAUUCAAGAAGCAACACAACCAAUAUUUCAUGGGUAAUGGAAUCAAGGGUGGCUUUGUUCCUAUCAGCAACACUGAGAUCUAUUGGUACCUCAACAAAAAGUCCAACCCACAAGACCAAGAGAUAGCAAGAGAGGCAAAGAUGAUAAAGUGGGAAGUAUUGAAGACAGCCAAGGAUUUCCCUCUGGAGUACCGUCAAGUUGUCAGUAACUGUGAUCUCUCAAGUCUCACUCUUGCACCAUUGCUAUUCCGUGUUCCCUGGAACAUAGUCUUGGGGCCUAGCCACUAUGGCGGGGUCACAGUCGCCGGAGACGCCUUCCAUCCGAUGACACCUGACCUCGGUCAGGGUGGCUGCUCUGCACUGGAGGAUGCGGUCGUUCUAGCCAGGAACAUCGCAAACACACCAAACAAUGUUAAUCUUGGCAUUGAAAAUUACGUGAAGGAGAGGAGGUGGCGCGCGGCGAGGUUGGUCGGCGCAUCAUAUUUGUCCGGCGUGCUUGAACCUUGGCAGUCAAGACGAAUGCUUAGUAGAAUGUGGGAAUCGUUCAGGCAAUAUGCCUUCAAUUGGUUGUUACAUUCCAAGUAUGGAACGCUCAACUAUGACUGUGGGACUUUGACUACUGCUGAUGAAAGCUUUGCUCUCAACAAAGACAAAUAAUUAAUAAUCAUAUGACAC